CUGAGUUGAUCUUGAGAAAAUCUCGACCCAAAUCGAAAAAAAUUUCCCCCCCAAAAGUGUUGGUGUGGAUCCGCGGCGCCGUAGUGUCCCCCCGCGGCGCCAGAGGGCAGCAGCGUCUCGGAUGAACUACGCCCAGCUGGCUGCUGGGGAGCGUGAGAAAUGCAGACCAUUAAAUGCGUAGUGGUGGGCGAUGGAGCGGUGGGUAAGACCUGCCUCCUCAUCUCCUACACAACAAACAAGUUCCCUUCAGAAUACGUUCCCACAGUAUUUGACAACUAUGCUGUGACUGUUAUGAUAGGAGGGGAGCCAUACACAUUAGGCCUUUUUGAUACAGCUGGUCAGGAGGAUUAUGACAGACUGCGACCUCUUAGCUAUCCACAGACAGAUGUUUUCUUAGUCUGCUUCUCAGUGGUAUCCCCUUCAUCCUUUGAGAAUGUCAAGGAAAAGUGGGUACCAGAAAUCACUCACCACUGCCAGAAGACUCCAUUCCUCCUAGUAGGCACACAGAUAGAUUUGCGAGAUGAUGCAGCAACAGUAGAAAAGUUGGCAAAGAAUAAGCAGAAGCCAAUCACCUACGAACAAGGGGACAAGCUCAGUCGCGAGCUGAAGGCCGUCAAGUACGUGGAAUGCUCCGCGCUCACACAGAAGGGGCUGAAGAAUGUAUUUGACGAAGCAAUUCUCGCAGCCCUGGAGCCCCCAGAACCUCAGAGACGAAGGAAAUGUAUUGUUCUGUAGGGUAGGACGCAUCUACGGUAGACCUUGGAGUGGCCCCAGGCUUAACAGAUGCACAGAUUGCCUUCAAUGGUCAGUAGGGGUUUUAGUGGAGUUGGUGAUGCCUCUGAAGCUAUUUAGACAAGAGAAACUUGAUAACUGUAUAAAUAUAUGAAGGAUUUUAUACUUGUGAAAGGGAAAAAUGUCCACUAUUGGAUGGUGGAAGAUGCCAAAGUUCAGAUAACUUGCCGAUCAAGUCAGGCUUAAUGCAGCUUUGGGGCUAAACUCCAUAGGGAAUGUGAGCAAUCUAAGCACAAGAAAACUGGCUGUUCGGGUCUUGAGCGUCGAGAGUCAUCUGCACGCAGGCACUUCUCGCACAAGCUCCUCCCUCAGCCAGUCACUACCUGUUUGUGUUCCCACCUUCCCUGUCCCUUAUCCCCUGGGCCAGCACCCUCCCUGUACCAUUUGAUGAACCAUGGUUCCAGUUGGUUUGCUUCCAGUUAGGUCGAGUGUCCUUUGACUUUCAUAUAAACUUGUCAUAUAAAUUUAAUACCAAGACUGAACACAAAUAUCAUGUUGAUUCCAAUCAUCUCUAGAUUUCUCAGAUAAUUCAUUUAAUUCAAGAGAACUACAGUAAUCAAUAGCUCAGUAUUCAAAUUCUGAUAGGCUUUUUUUUUUCUAAUUUUACCUUUCCUAUAGCUUAUGGCAUCUCAUAACAAGUAAUGAGUUUAGAAGUGUUGAUAAAAUGAAUGAGUAACCAAUAUUUGUAUGAGCUUAACUUCUUAUAUAACUGCCUCAGACUAUCAUAUGUUUCCUAUUCUUACAUGUACACGUCUAGUGGCGUGUACCUAGCAUUGGUAUCUUCUUUUUUAUUAUAACAUUAGUGCAAACUUUUAGGAGGUUUGUCUAGGGACUAUGGCUUGGUUUUGUGGGCUCAAAAACCAAGAUAAUCCUUGAGACGAGACCAGUUAUGAUUUUAAGUAUCAGUUUGUUAAUUUUUUACAAUAUGGUGUGCCUGAGUAAGAAAAUAGGUUUGAAGUACGUGGCAUUUAUGCAAAGGGUUAUCAAUUAUUGUCAAAAGAGUGGAGAAGCAUUCUCUUUUCCCAGUGUGUUGGUUUCAUCUGGAACAGAUUUGGCAUCUUCUGCUCACUCUGGCCUUUCCUCAGUAGUCAUAGUGGGUAUCGAAGCCAGUCUGGGGGAAGUCUGAUGUAGUGGAAAUGGUUAUAUAUCAACUUGCAUAGUUGGCUCAAUUACAGGAAUUGUUAUUUUUGUACAAAUUCUAAAUCUGAAAGUAGUGUUCCAUGAUUUUCUAAAUUUCUGCUACUUCAGACGUAGUAAGUUGAUGGCACCCAGAUGGUUGGUAACUACCUUGCCUCGUCAUACAUUAAACUAACCCACCACUGGUGUUGGGUGAAACAUUAUUUAAUAUCAGAAUGUGUAGUUGCCAUGUUGACCAUUGCAUAUAUGACAAAAACAAAAAAAUUAUGGAUUUUGUCUUCAUUUAAAGUGUGAUAAAACCUGAUGAUUUAGAAGGAAGUUUGGUGUUAUGGAGGGAGAUACAAAUAAACCAUUUGGAUUGGA